UCUCUCUCUCUCUCUCUCUCUCUCUCUGGAACGACGCCACAAAUGGAGAAAAAAGAGAAUCAACCUGGGAAGCCGGACCUCGACAUGAUCCGUACACAAGACUGGCCUGAACCCAUUGUCCGGGUCCAAUCCUUGUCCGAUAGCGGUGAACCUGUUAUCCCUGCGCGAUACGUCAAGCCUCCUAUGCAACGACCUGUGCUUAGCUCCAUCAACUCCGACGCCAACAUCCCACUCGUCGAUCUCGGAGGCUUUUGGGGCAACAAGAAUGAGAGGGCAGCCACCUUGGAGCGAAUCGGAGAGGCGUGCAGGGAGUGGGGGUUCUUCCAAGUGGUGAACCACGGGGUCCGACCGGAGUUGAUGGACUGCGCCCGAGAGAUGUGGAGGGAAUUCUUCCAUCUACCUAUGGAGGUGAAGCAACGCUACGCCAACACCCCCAAGACUUACGAGGGUUACGGCAGCCGAUUAGGAGUGGAGAAGGGUGCUAGUCUCGAUUGGGGCGACUACUACUUUCUUCAUUACUUACCUUGCAAUUUGAAAGACCACGCCAAGUGGCCGUCUCUCCCCCCUCAUUCAAGGGAAGUGAUUGAGGAGUAUGGGACAGAAGUGGUGAAGCUGGGUGGGACCCUAAUGAAGAUUUUCUCUAUAAACCUAGGACUAGGAGAUGAUCAACUCCAGAAGGCGUUUGGUGGGGAGGAUAUCGGAGCAUGCAUGAGAGUGAACUUCUACCCGAAGUGUCCACAACCCGACCUCGCUCUCGGGCUCUCUUCCCAUUCAGAUCCAGGCGGAAUGACCAUCGUCCUCCCGGACCCCGACGUCCCGGGUCUUCAGAUCCGUAAAGACGACAACUGGACCACAGUCAAGCCCGCUCCCCACGCUUUCGUCGUCAACAUCGGCGAUCAAAUUCAGGUGCUCAGCAAUGCAAAUUAUAAAAGCGUUGAUCAUAGAGUCAUCACGAGCUCAAAAAAAGAGCGAGUAUCUUUGGCCUUCUUCUAUAAUCCAAAGAGUGACAUACUCAUAGCGCCGAUGAAUGAGUUGGUGAAGUUCCCUGAGAAACCAGCACUGUAUUCAGCGAUGACAUUCAAUCAAUAUAGACUUUUCAUAAGGCUAAAGGGUCCUUGUGGCAAGUCUCAAAUCGAAUUGUUGAGAUCUUCUUCCAACUAAUCAUAUAUUUACUAUAGUGGAACUUCUACUAUCUUGAUAAAUAAAUAAAAAUAAAUAAUAUUAUUUACUUAUUAAU